GGACACUGACAGCUCCGGCGCUCCCUCCCUCGGCUCAGCCCGGCGUCCCCGCUUCCCUCCUCCCCUCGCUCUGAGCGGCAUCCUUUGCCGACCCUCAGUCCUCACUCCCAGGGUUGUCCCGCUCGCGCCACUCGGUGUAAUUCCCUCCCGCUCCCCGGCCGACCUCGGAACUUUCUCCUCCUGUGCCCGGGAGUGGGGGGCUGCCUUGCCUAGGCGGGUUCCUCCUGGGGUUCGCUGGGAGCCAGUCUCUGGAAAAGGGCUUCAGGGUCCCAGAGAGACUCCGCCACCGGCAGCCUGCCCCCAACCCGACAGCCGUCGGGUCUCGGCCUCCUCCCUUCCUCUCUCCCCCAACCAUGACUGAAAUGAGCGAGAAGGAGAACGAGCCAGAUGACGCGGCCACCCAUACCUCCCCGGGGACCGUCUCCGCCCUCCACGAAACCAAGCUCCAGUGGUUCAAGCGCUCCUUCUCCCUCAAGACCAUCCUCCGAAGUCGAAGUGUGGAGAACUUCCUUCUUCGCUCGAGCUCUGAGCUCAAGUGCCCGACGGAGGUGCUGCUGACACCCCCAACCCCGCUGCCCCCUCCCUCCCCACCACAUGCAUCCACAGACAGGGGGCUGCCCACCCCGGCUCCGUCCCCCUGCCCAGUCCCACAUCCCCUGGCACCUCUCAAACCAGUGAGACUGCACAGCUUCCAGGAACAUAUCUUCAAGAGAGCCAGCUCCUGUGAGCUGUGCCACCAGCUCAUUGUGGGAAACUCCAAGCAGGGCUUGCGAUGUAAGACCUGCAAAGUCAGCGUCCACCUCUGGUGCUCUGAGGAGAUUUCCCACCAGCACUGCCCAGGCAAGAUGCCCACCUCGUUCCGCCGCAACUUCAGCUCCCCCCUCCUAGUCCAUGAGCCACCACCAGCCUGUGCCACAAGCAGAGAGUCCCCUCCCACUGGGGCCAUGGGGAAGGUGGACCCUGUCUACGAGACCCUGCGCUAUGGGACCUCCUUGGCACUAAUGAACCGCUCCAGCUUCAGCAGCACCUCAGAGUCCCCCACACGGAGCCUGAGUGAGCGGGAUGAGCUGACUGAGGAUGGGGAAGGCAGCAUCCGCAGCUCAGAGGAGGGGCCUGGUGACAGUGUAUUCACAGCCCCAGUGGAGAGUGAAGGGUCAGGAUCAGAGGAGAAGAGCCCUGGGCAGCAGCCCCCCAAGCCUCCUCUGCGGAAGGAUGUGGGGCCUAUGUACUCCUAUGUCGCACUCUACAAGUUUCUGCCCCAGGAGAACAAUGACCUGGCCCUGCAGCCUGGAGAUCGGAUCAUGCUGGUGGAUGACUCUAACGAGGACUGGUGGAAGGGCAAGAUCGGCGACCGGGUUGGCUUCUUCCCAGCCAAUUUUGUGCAGCGGGUGAGACCAGGAGAGAAUGUUUGGCGCUGCUGUCAAGCCUUCUCUGGGAACAAGGAACAGGGCUACAUGAUCCUCAAGGAGAACCAGAUUUGUGUGGGCAUGGGCAGAAGCAAGGAUGUUGAUGGCUUCAUCCGCGUCAGCAGCGGCAAGAAACGGGGCCUGGUGCCAGCCAACGUCCUGACUGAGAUCUGAGAGGAAUCAAGAGAACCCAGAUGCCACUCCUGCCCAUGCCUGGCCCUUGCUUCUGGUCAUAGGAAGGAAGCAGGCAUCCUUGUCCACACCCUUCCUCCCUCUGCCUCCUAGUACCACUCACCAUGGUUUAGGAGCCAUCUGUCCCAAGGAAGGUUUUAUUUCUUGGGUGGAGGUGCCCUGAGUGGGUUGCUCCCCUGAGACUGAGGGAGAGGGGGGAGAAAGUGGGAAGGAAUGGGGAAGCCCUGAGUAGAUCCACCAGAGCCUGGGUACCCCUGUCCUGUUGCCAGCCCUGGGGAGCUUCUCUGCUGCUUCUUCCAGACUCUUCCCCAUGCCCCAAACUACCUUCGCAUGCCUGACACAUCCGUCCUUCUCCCCACAGAGCCUCUGCUUGGGUCUGUGUUACUGACUGUGCAUCUGCCCCUUUGGAAGUGGGGCCUUGGGGGGAAGCCUUCUCCAGUCCCUCAGCCCUCCACCCAGGGCUGGAGGGGAUCUAGUGCUGAGGGAGGGUUCUGGGUCCACCUCCUAGACUCACCACCUCUGUCACGCCAUCAAUUCUCAGGAAAGUUUUUUGGGAAUAUCUCCCAUUACUUGAAACCUGGGCCAACGGAGGGGAAGGGGGGGGGGCGGGUGACAAAUCAAAGACUAUCCCCUCUAAUAGAACAAGUAAAGUGGCCUCACCCUUAUUCUCUACUGGAAAGACACCCAAAAGCAGCCUGAACACAAAAAUCAAACUAAGAACAAAAAUCUGGCUCAUGGCUUGGUUGAAAGAACUCCAUUUCACUGAGAUUGGGUGAAACACCCCCACGAGGGGAGCCUGUAAUUAUCAGUUCCUGUCUGCAGCAGCCCCACCUCAGGGCUGGCUGAGCUGACUCCAAAUGGCACUUCCUCAUCCCCUUUCCCCAGGGCCCUGCAUGGGACAGGGCUGCUCUUUCAGGAGUACAAUUUCUGACUGCAUCUGCUCCCUUGUCCUGGACACAGCCCUGGAAGAAAGAUUAGAAGAAUGGAACAUUCCGUUUAGCCACAAGAAAAAGAAGGGGGUGGGCACCCCUAGUGGUGGGGUGGGCACCCCUAGUGGUGGGGUGGGCACACAAAACAAGGACCACUCCUUUGCAGGCUGCUUUUCUCUGGUGCCACCCCCCCCAAGUUCAGAGCCUCCCCUCUUGUCCUUGAUUAUGCCAGCCAAUGCCACCCCCACCCCGGGCACAGUCACCUCCCCAUGCAGUGGGAGGGAUACAGAUCCUCCUACCCGAAGGCCCCUGCCGCACUUCUCCCCUGCGGAGCCGGGGUCAAGCCACACUGCCCUGUUUGCUGCCAUGAGGUCCCCCCCAGCAGUAUCCCCGGGGAGGGCCCACUGCCCGCUGUACGUGAGGCUGCAUGAUGGGCUCGCUGGGGCUUUGCUAACCCCCAGGCCCCUAAUUAAAUGUUUCUUGUCCCAGCCUGUCUGCUGUGUGUAUGUACUUGGGGUAGAGGAAGGAAAGGGGCUGGGAGGUGGAGUAAGGACUGGAGGAA